AUGGGCAAGUUAAAAGACUACAUAACAACCGACCGGAACGGCAUAACCGAAAACCGCCAUCAAGUCCACGCCGCGAUAGUCUCUGCCGACGGGACACUCCUGUACAGCGUCGGCGAUCCGUCCCGGAUAACGCUGGUCCGCUCUGCCGCCAAACCAGCCCAAGCCCUCGCCGUCAUCUCCACCGGGGCGCUGGAAAAGUUCAGCUUCGAUGAAGCCGACCUUGCUCUCAUGUGCGCUUCGCACAAUAGCGAAGACAGACAUCUUUCCCGGGCUCGGGACAUGCUCCGAAAGGUUUCCGCGGAGGAAAAGGAUCUCCGCUGCGGCGGCCAUGAUGCGUUAUCCGAGACGGUGAAUCGGGAGUGGAUUAAAAGGGAUUAUACGCCGACGGCGAUCACGAAUAACUGCUCGGGGAAACAUGCUGGUAUGCUUGGCGGCGCGAUGGCGUUAGGGGCGGAGAUUCAGGAUUAUCAUCUGCCCUGUAAUCCGCUGCAGCGGAGGGUCAGAGAGGCAGUGGAGGAGUUGGCGGGGCUUGAGACUGGACCGGAAGGUGUGUUAUGGGGGGUUGAUGGGUGUAACUUGCCGGCGCCUGCGUUUCCGUUACGGAAUAUGGCGAAGAUCUAUGCUGCAUUUGCGGAGGCAGCGGAUGUUGUUGAGGAUGCUGGGAACGCUUCUGGGAAAGAAAGAAACAUGGCGCGAAUCUUCAACGCCAUGGCGCGGUACCCUGAGCUUGUUGGUGGAGAGGGGAGGUUCUGUACGGUGCUUAUGCAGGUGUUUCGGGGAUCACUCAUUGGAAAAGUUGGGGCCGAUGGGUGUUAUGCGAUCGGCAUACGAGCUUCAGAGUAUACCAGAAGACUUGGAGUAGAUGGUGCAAUGGGACUUGCAGUUAAAAUCGAGGAUGGAAACAAAGGAAUCCUUUAUUCGGCUGUGGUUGAGAUCCUGGACCAGUUGGAUAUAGGUUCUCCGGACAUGCGACGGGAACUGGUUUCGUUUCACCAUCCGGAGAUUGUUAACACUGCGGGCGUUGUUACGGGGUCGACUGCUCACCAUUUUCAUGUUUGCGCUCCAUAA